UGACCAUGCAUUCUUGGAUCUGCAUUCUUGCAUGACUGAUCUAUUAAACAUCCUGAGAGUGAGURGCAUAGGCUACGAUUUAGCCUGCUUUGAUUUAUUAUCUGCGCAACGACCAGUCAAUUAUAAUCCACCCAGUGCACAAACGUGUGUGCGCGUGUACUUUAUCUGCGAGCCUCGUUCUCGCCAUGAAGCUGGCCUGAGAGGAAACAGUGCAGCGUCAGAGCCGUGCAUCAACACUCCCUCAUCCCCAAACUGGACGGUGCAAAAGGUCUCCCCUGAACUCCAACAGCCGCAGCGGCUGUCAACGUUUUCAAAUUGGGGUUCGGUCCAAUAUGGCGACAGACGGAUGGAAAUACUGAUGACAGUCCGAAAGAUCGCCUCGAUUUGUACGAUGGGCGCCAAUGCCUCAGCUUUGGAGAAGGAGAUCGGACCGGAACAGUUUCCAGUUAAUGAACACUACUUUGGAUUGGUCAACUUUGGAAACACCUGCUACUGUAACUCUGUGCUGCAGGCCCUCUACUUCUGCCGUCCUUUUAGGGAAAAGGUCUUGGCCUACAAGGUCCAGCCCAGACGUAAAGAGUCCCUGCUCACCUGUCUGUCUGACCUCUUCAACAGCAUCGCUACACAAAAGAAGAAGGUCGGCGUCAUCCCUCCUAAGAAGUUCAUCUCCCGUCUGAGGAAGGAGAAUGAGCUGUUUGACAACUACAUGCAGCAAGAUGCCCAUGAGUUCCUCAACUACCUCCUCAACACUAUCGCUGACCUGCUCCAGGAGGAGAAGGGCCAGGAGCGACAGCAGAACGGAAAACUGGUGCAGAACGGAGGAGGUGGGGGGAGCAGCGGGACAGGAGGAGGAGAGGGAGAGGAAGGGGAGAAGAUACAGCAGACCUGGGUCCAUGAGAUCUUCCAGGGAACCCUGACCAAUGAGACGCGUUGCCUCAACUGUGAAGCUGUGAGCAGUAAAGAUGAGGACUUCCUGGACCUGUCUGUCGACGUGGAGCAGAACACCUCCAUCACGCACUGUCUUAGGGGUUUCAGCAACACUGAGACACUAUGUAGUGAAUACAAGUACUACUGUGAACAGUGUCGGAGUAAACAGGAGGCACAGAAAAGGAUGCGUGUGAAGAAGCUCCCUAUGAUCCUGGCGUUACACCUGAAGAGGUUUAAGUACAUGGACCAGUUGCAUCGCUACACCAAGUUGUCCUAUCGCGUCGUCUUCCCCCUGGAGCUCCGCCUCUUCAACACCUCAGGAGAUGCCACCAACCCCGACCGCAUGUACGACCUGGUCGCCGUGGUCGUCCACUGUGGAAGUGGUCCAAACCGUGGUCAUUACAUCACCAUAGUGAAGAGUCAUGGAUUUUGGCUCUUGUUUGAUGACGACAUAGUAGAGAAAAUCGACGCCCAGGCGAUCGAGGAGUUCUACGGUCUAACGUCUGACAUUUCUAAGAACUCUGAGUCAGGUUACAUCCUGUUCUACCAGUCCCGGGACUGAACCAGCAAAUGGCAGCGGCCCAAGGCUGAAACGGGCCAUUGGGAUUGGGACUCAGCAUAGAGGGGAGGGGCUUGGGCAGCCACAGGCCCUGCCUAGCCCACCACCUGUUUUAAAUAUUCAGGCUUUUUCAGCGGAAGCUGUGGAGCGCCGAGAGGAUACAGGGAGGAGGAUCUUCAGGAGCCAACGAUGCCCGAGCAACUGAUCAGUUGAUAUGACAUCGUAGAACGAAGAGCAGGUACCGGGGAUUGUUAUGUUUCGUCAUCCUCUCUCCUCCGUUUCAUCAUCAUCGUCCUGAUUGUCUUUUUUGGGGGUUUGACAGCAGAUUAGCAAUAUAUGGUGUGUUAGCUUGGCUAGCUCUCUGCUUACAUGGUGUGCCGUAACUGAUGUGGCACCAUUUACUGGUGUUUCAUCAAUUAUUGGUGUCCUUGUCAUAUUUAGUGCCACUCAGAGGGGCUAAACAGGAUUUGGGAUUGGUGAAAAGUGGAUCUGCCAUUUCCUGAAUGUUCUCAAUACUUUGUUGCCAGUUGUUGUUAGUUUGGAGAGCGGGGUGGAGAGUUGAGUUUGGUCCCUUUGUAGCUCACCGGCCCAGAUCUGGCAGUGUUUUAUUAUAUCAUGGUGCAGAUGCUGAAAGCUGCACAUCUAUAUUACCAUCUGUUUUAAAGGGACACACGCAUAUAUGCUCUCUAACUUCCCCCUCUGGCAACGACAGCAAACUACACCACCAACUACAAAUAACCUGCCAACCAGAUGUUUAUCUUAUAUCUGUCUCCUAAGCAAGCAAGUAUCUCACUGGUGUCAAUGGCUGUGCUUCAAAUGACAGCAUGUUCCCUAUGUACUGCACUCUAUAAGUAGAGCACUAUAUAUGGAGUAGGCUGUCAUUUGGGACAUAACCCAGCCAUCCUCUUUGUGUCGUCUUUAACGCGGUAUAAACCUGAUUGGCUGCUGCAACAUUUCGCUCCUCUUCCUGUCACCUGAUAUGAACCUUCCAAUCAGAGCCUGAGGUAUACACGCAUUUCCUGUAAAAAAAAUUUGACCGUAGAAGUAAACCAAACAUAGCGGUUGUUUGGUUUAUAAUAUUAAGUAUGUGCUACACUGCCAGUUGGGGUAAUAAACCUGACUUCACUCUUUUCAAAAGGCUUUGUCCCAAUAUCUAUUCUAGCACAAUACCAAGUAUGCAAGUCCCAAUACAUUCUAAGUAAUACGCUGGUGUAGGUAUUGGAACAGAGCCUGUACUCUCAACAGAAAGAUAAGUUGAUUAAGGCCCACUAUUCAUAAAAUGUCUCAGAGCAGGAGUGCUGACCUAGGAUCAGUUUAGCCUUUUAAAUCUGAUCCUAGAUCAGCACUCUUACUCUGAGACGCUUUAUGAAUACAGGCCCUGAUCCAUAGCUCUGACACGGGAGGCGUUUAUGUUAGCUAGGCCCAGAGUGGGACCUGUAUUAAGUUGAAUGUAAGACAGUCUGCCGUUUUUGAAAUGUACAGUACGAAACUGGCUGCUUAUUGGUUGGCCCAUAUUUAGGGCCUGGAGUUUUGACCAAUCCUGACCAGUACUAGAUAUAUAGGUUGUGCCUUAAUGGCACCCGAUUCUCUAACAUAUAUUGCGCUAUUUUUGACCAGGUCUUUUAGGGACUCAGCUGUAGUCUAUGACUAGGGCCCAGAGUUUUCUUAAAUCUCAAACACACCCCACCAGUUGGAGACCUAGGCACCCUAUUCACUACAUAGUGCACUACCUUUGUCCAGAGCCCUAGUGGGUAUAGAGUGCCAUUUUGUGUUUUUAGGCUAUACUCUGCAACCAUAUAUUAAUUUGUAUUUUAAUGCAUAAACCAUUCCUUUGUGAGCUCAAACCUAACUGUCUAAGACAUGCAGCUUGUUUUUAGGGUUAACUAAUUACUAAUAUGAGGUUGACAUUGGUGAAGGACUAAAACGAAACAUUUUACGUUGUGUGUAGAGUUGCAGAACUCCGGUAGCUUUCCCAAAAUUCAAAGGUCUUCCGGGAAAAUCCCGUCUGGAAGAUUCACAGAAAUCAAGAAGGAAAUAAGCUGGAAAUCUGGAAUCCACCAACCAGGAAUUCUGGUUUUGCAAACCCUAACUAAACUGAUAUUGAAGGGGCAAUUCAACCACAUUUUCAUUAUCUUCAGCACAAUACCAUUGUCUACCUAUGUGAAAAAUGCGCAUUUCUACAUUUUGUAGGAAAAAAUAUAAAGUUAAGUUCUACCCAAUGACAUCAUUUAAAAGUUAAAACUGUGAUUUUGGCAAGGUAGCCUAGUGGUUAGAGCGUUGGACUAGUAACCGAGCUGACAAGGUGCAGAUCUGUCGUUCUGCCCCUGA